ACACAAAGGAACAUCAUAUCAUUAAGAUAAUUUGGCAUAUUCAAAUAAGUUGCGCGUUAGUUGUGAUGUAAAUGCACCCCAUAAUCAAUGAUUUUCAUACUUGAAUAUUAUAUCCAAUGAAAGUUGACCAAGACUGUAAUGCCAAAGCAGUUACUUGCAUUUUUGAAGUGGUGAAAGUCGACUUAACAAAAGAUGCAAAAACAGAACAAACCCCACUUAUAAUUUUGUUGUGAGAUUGCACCAUCCAUGGAGAAUAAAGCCAUAGACAAAGUGAUAAAGAUAUGGGAAAGCUGGGAUAUCCGUAUCUUCAUACUAAUAAGUUUGUUUAUCCAAGCAUCUCUCACAUUUCUUGCACCCUUGAGAAAAUCAAAGUCAAGCAGCAUUUUAAGGUUCACAGUUUGGAUACUUUAUCUAUCAGCUGAUGCAGUGGCAUUGCUGGUAAUUGGGUUUAUCUCUAGUACUGAAGAUGAUCCGGGUAAAGCUGCAGAAAUGGAGCUCCAUGCAUUUUGGGCUCCAUUUCUUCUUUUACAUCUGGGUGGUCCAGACACAAUCACUGCUCUGGCUUUGGAAGAUAAUGAGCUGUGGAAUCGACAUGCUCUUCAGCUCAUUACUCAGGUACUCAUAACCUGUUAUGUUUUUUUCCAAACAUUUCGGCAUAGCAAUUUAUGGAUACCGACAGUAUUGAUGUUUGUGGAUGGAUUAAUCAAGUAUUUUGAGCGUACUUGUGCUCUUUUUUUCGCUAGUACUGAUAGUUUUCGAGACUCUUUGGUGGCUAAACCCGAACCAGGGCCUAACUAUGCUAGGCUCAUGGAAGAGUAUUUUUCUGCUAAAGGUGCUCAUAUUCCUACUGAUUUUGAAGGUAAAGAUGGUCGUUUAGAAGGUAGAGAUGAAAACGAUUCAGAUAAUUCUACAACUGAUCGACAAACAACAAGUUCUGUGAUCAUAAAUAGAGAUCCAGAAAUGGCUGGAAAUUCUCUUAUCGAUCUAGAAAACGAGGAGAAAAUGGUUAGAGAAGCUCAUCGUUUUUAUGAGAAGUUCAAAGCCCUCUUAGCAGACGGUUUUUUAAGCUUAAAGGACAGAAAAGUAAGUCGAGACUUUUUUGUUCGUAGUCUUGGCAAUGAAGCGUUUAGGAUCAUCCAAAUCGAACUUAACUUAAUCUAUGAUGUGUUCUUUACAAAGUUAUUUUUGGUGCAAAGAAAACGGGCUUUUGCUCGAGUUUUCUGCUUUUUUUCAGUUAUUGCAUCCUUAGUGAUCUUCUCACUCAAAGACAAAAGCAAAUAUACAGCAAAAUUUGAUAUUGUAACAACAUAUGUGUUGCUUGGUGGAGCUAUAGCUUUAGACAUUUGUGCUGCUCUUAUGUUCAUAAUAUCGGACUGGUGGAUCAUCAUCUCUUCAGAUGAUAAGCUCAAUAAGUACAUAAAAUCUCUUAUGACAUCGGUUCUUAAGGGUUCGAGAUGGGCAAGAUUACUCCAUCAAAGAAAACGAUGGUCUAAAUCCAUCCCAAAAUACAACUUAUUAAAAAGAUGCUUCAGAAACCCCCCCUCGUUCUUCACUUCCAAGUUAUUUUCUAGCAUAAAGAGGAUACGAGACUUUGUGAUUGAAUUUCUUUAUGUAGAAGAUCAUAAAGCUAAGGAUGAACUCAUCGAUUUCAUGAUCGAAGAGUUACAGAGUAAAGCCAAACUAGCCCCUGAAAUAGAAGUUGCCAAAGAAGUGUGUUCUGCUAGAGGUAAUUUAGCUUUACAAGAUGAUUAUUUCCUUGCAUCUGAAUGUUUAAGUCCUUGGACAUUAGAUGUUGAUUAUGAUGAAAGUCUUUUAAUAUGGCACCUUGCUACCGACAUCUGCUAUUGGACAACCGAUGAAACUAAGAACACAACACCAUUUGAUUAUCGAAGUAUAAGCAAGUCGAUCUCAGAUUACAUGUCAUAUCUUUUAUUGAGGCAGCAAACAUUAGUAUCCUCCGUUGUGGGUAUGGCAGAUAAUCGAUUUGAAGAUACUUGUGCGGAUGCAGAGAAGUUCAUGAACCAUAAGAGAAUCAACAUCAAUUGGAUGUCGGAAUGUUGGUCUAAUACGAAGAACUUCAUCCGUGGUUGCUGUCGUACAUAUAACGAGACUCAUUUUGAAAGUGUGGAGGAUCAGUUCUUCAAGCAGUUCAGUAAGAAGGUUCUAAAUGUAAAAGCAGAUGUAAAACCAAUAAUAGCAAAGGGGGAUAAGAGUAAAUCGGUGUUGUUUGAUGCCUGUCGUCUUGCGAAACAAUUGGAGAUGUUUGGGGAAGAUAAAUGGAUGAUAACGAGCAAAGUGUGGGUAGAAUUGCUUUGUUAUUCUGCUGUACGUUGCUCGCCAAGAUUGCAUAUAGCACAGUUAAGCAAAGGUGGGGAGCUUAUUACACUGGUAUGGCUUUUUAUGGCACAUCUUGGGUUAGGAGAACGUUUCUUGCAAAACCAAGGCUUUGGGUGGACUAAGCUUAUCAUUCAGAAAUGAUACUGCUGAAGAAUUUCUGCUUUGUGAUUUAAAUUAGAGAUUCACCUGCACUUGUUUUGUGUAAUUUCUUGGGGAACAUUAAUUUAUUGUAGUUAAAUUUACAUUUCGGAGAUUUGUUAUUGUUUAUGUGAAUUUCCUGUUUUUUUAAUUAAAUUUACAUUUUAGAGAUUUGUUAAAUUAUAGUAAAUAAUUAUAAGCCCACUUACAUAUGGUGUUGUGUUCUUAGUUUCAUCUUGUAAGUCCACGUACAUCCACGUACAUCUUACACUGUUUUUCUUUCAAGGCUUCACAUAUUACUUAAUAAUUGUCUAUGAGUUGGUGUUAUGGUGUAUAGUAUAUCAAAUAGUAGCACAUUCCCAAAAAGCAAAAGAAAAAAAAAAAAAAAAAAAA